AUGGCCCCCCUCGGCACAGCCCUGGCACUGUGCGCCACGCUGCUCCUCGCCCAGACGGCACACGGUGAGAGGCUGGCGAGGCCAACACGGGUGCGCUUUGCUGCGGAGAUAGCACAUCAUCUGCUGCAGUGGGAGCCGGGCCACAACCGCCCCAGCAACAUCCUCUAUGAAGUGGAGCACAAAGUCUAUGGCACGAAUCAAUCCUGGACAGCUAUCCCAAACUGCAUGAGGAUCUCAGGGCACUUCUGCGACCUCACGUACUACACCCUGAACCCUGCCCUGCGCUACUAUGCACGAGUCAGGGCUGUGUCUGGAAACCACACAUCACCAUGGCAAAGGACCAACUCUUUCUCCCCACAAGAAGCCAGCCUGCGCCUGUCAGGCCAGAGCCUCUCUGUGAUGGGCAACACCAUCCACGUGCAGCUGCAGCUGCUCCUCCGGACGGGGAACCUCACCGUGAAGUACGACGACAUCCAGAAGCAUGCGAGGCGAUACCAGGUGUACGUCAGGAGGGUGCAGGACAAUCAGACGUAUGAAGUGAUGGAGACCGCCCCAGAGUUCAACAUCAGCAACCUCUUCUGGGACACAGAGUACUGCGUCAGUGUGGAGCGCACCGGCACCACACGCACCGACGAGCAGUGCGUCACCACCGGCCAGAGAGACAGGAGUGCAGAGCUUGUCCUGAGCGCCAUCAGCUCCUCCUUCAUCACCCUCUUGCUCCUGGGGCUCCUGGCAGCUCUGCUGGUGUGCACCUACAUAAGGAGACCUAUGAGGCCACCAUCCGUCCUGAAGUCUUUCAUAAAGCAGAGCUCGCUCUGGGUGGAGGAGUCCUCGCCCUCGAGCAGCUCCAGUGCAGACCCCAUCCAGCAGCUAUUCCUGUGCCAGAAGGAGCCCCAUCAGGUCAGUGUCGUCACCAGCAGCACCAGCACAGUCCAGCUGCCCCCGGAGAAGGGCUGGAAGCUCCCAGCAUGGCCUGAGGACAAGGUGUGCCUGCUGGGGCCGGGGGCCCUGGGGAGUGGAGACAGCAGCGGCACCAGCACCGACAGUGGCAUUUGCCUGCGCACAUCCUCCUCGGAACUGAGCUGCUCCUCGGGCGCCGAGCCCCAGGGAUACAAGAGGCAACUGCCCACUGGUGAUGACAGUGGCGUGGGCUUGGAGAGCGCCUGCCCUCGCCCCACAUGCUCCUCUGGGAACACCAACCCCAUGGAGGACAGGCAGCCCUGCAGCGGGGAGCUCAGCAUCUCCCCUGACACCAGCCAGCAAGACAUGGAAUUCCGUGGGUACCUGCAGCAGUCCAAGGGCACGGUGGAGCCAAGGCAGGACCCAGCCAAGGGGAUGCCCUUCUCGGUCUGUGCAGCAUCCCUGCAGGGCCUGGGCAGCACUGACAUUGCGCUGGACGUAGAGUGCUCUGAGCUGGCUGUGGUCAAAGGGUAUUUGAAGCAAUCCUCUCCUGAGCAUCCCCACAGCUACACACAGGACCUUGCUCCAAGAGGAGACCCUCAGGAUCCCACUGUGUGGAGCAUUUCCAGCCAGGUGGGGCCCCAAGCCCCCAGUCUGCUGAGCUAUAGGGGUCCAGGUGCUCCCUCAGUCUCCAGAGCCCACCCUGAGCUCCUGAAAGCUCCCUUCGACCUGAGCAUCUUCAACACUGACCUCAUGGGGACGCUGCCCCUCAUCUCCAGCCUCAGCACCAACAAGUGGCUCAUGCUGCAACUCAACCCCGUGAGCCUGCUCAAUGGGGACAGCAAGGACAGCCGCCUGUGA